AUGGAUUUUCCAUCAAAUUAGAGUCUAUAAAUAUUCUCGUGAUGAGUAUUAACCGAUCAAAGUCGUAUUUACAUUGUCUGUGAGAAAUAUAAAUUCCCCAUGGCCAUAGAUGGUUCAAGAACUGAUCCUAUUGUUCCAACUCACACAAAAGCUUGGUACUACUCUGAACAUGGUAGACCAAAUGAUAUUCUCAGGUUAGAUCCUAAUUGGCUCAUACCCCAACUCAAAGACGACCAACUCCUCAUCAAGGUCAUUGCUGCAUCCCUUAAUCCCGUUGAUUACAAGAGGAUGCAUGGAGACUUCAAGGACACCGACCCUUAUCUACCUACUGUGCCAGGUUAUGAUGUUGCUGGCAUAGUAGUGAAAGUUGGAAGAGAAGUAAAGAAAUUUAAGGUUGGGGAUGAAGUGUAUGGUGAUAUCAACGAGGCAGGGUUGGAGAACAUUAAGAUUCUUGGCACUUUGUCAGAGUAUACUAUUGCAGAAGAGAAACUAUUGGCUCAUAAACCAUCCAAUCUAAGCUUCAUUGAAGCUGCUAGCAUUCCUUUGGCACUUCAAACUGCUAACGAAGGUUUUGAGCAUGCUCACUUUUCUGCUGGCCAAUCUAUCCUUGUUUUGGGUGGAGCUGGUGGAGUUGGAAACUAUGUUAUUCAGCUUGCCAAACAAGUUUAUAAAGCAUCUAAGAUAGCAGCAACUGCUAGCACCGGGAAGCUCAAACUUUUAAGGGAGUUGGGAGUUGACUUGCCUAUUGAUUACACAAAGGAAAACUUUGAAGAUCUUCCACAAAAAUAUGAUCUAGUGUAUGAUGCAGUAGGGCAAACUGAUAGAGCACUGAAGGCCAUAAAGGAAGGUGGGAAAGUUGUGACAAUAGCACCACAUGCCCAACUUCCACAAGCUAUUUUCUUCAUCAUCACAUCCAAGGGAUCUACCUUAGACAACUUGAGACCUUACUUUGAGAGUGGUCAAUUGAAGCCAAUUCUCGAUCCAAAGACUCCAGUACCAUUUUCUAAUGUCAUUGAAGCCAUUUCCUACUUAGAAACUUCAAGAGCCACAGGAAAAGUGGUCAUUUAUCCCAUACCCUAACCAUACUAUUAACUCACAUGAUGAUAUAAUGAUAUUUGAUGAUGAACCUUUUAACUAAAGUGUGUACUUUUAUGAUAAAUAAUUAAGGUCAAUAUGCUUCUUGUUUAUGUAACAAAGCUGCUACCUUGCUGCUGAAUAUAAAGAUUGGUAAUGGACCAUUAAGUAUAUGAAUGGAUCAACUGGUGUGUAUUUGUUUCAGCAUUAUCAAUAGUCUUAACUCUCAAAUUUAAGUUAUAGGUAGUUGUAUUAAAUAUUCACAUAGAAAAAGAACUUAAUUAUUUGUAAUAGUCUUACUCGAUUCGAAUAAGAUUGUUUAUGAUAGAGGA